AAACAGUGACUAUCAGCUUACCGACUCAAAACAUUCCAAAAACAAAUGAAAACAUGUUUUUAAAUUAUAAUAGACGUCAGAAUCCUUGAAGAAACAAGUGAAGAUCGCUGAUAAGUGAUAUUUGGAUUGAUAAAACAAUUGAAAAACGCUUUUAAGUAAAAAAGUUUAAAAUUAGUUUUGUUUAACUAAAGAAAAAGUUUUGAUGUGACUUGAUAAGUGAUUUCACCGAUCGUGUGUAGUGAAGGUGCAGUGAUCUACCGAUUGGAUAAACUGAAGAUGUGGUGGAUAUUGAAAUUAUCGAUUGUUUUACAAUGUGUCCAAUCAGUCCGCAUCAUCAAUAUGCGAGUGCCAGAAGUGUUCCAGUACGGGACACUGGACUCCGUCACCAUGGACUGUGAUUACGUCACCGACAACGUCACCGGUCUGGUGGUGAAGUGGUUUUACAACGACAAGUCGCAGCCGGUGUACCAGUGGAUACCGCCGCAGAAGCCGCAGGCUUUGGGCAUGUUGAAGAAUAAGCUUAACCUGAACUACAAAGUGUCCCACAACCCGUACACGCAGCAUCGGGCGCUGCACAUCCUGUCUCCAACUCCUGAGAUGACGGGCAACUACACCUGCGUGGUCUCCACUUUUCUGGCCGAGGAUCAGAGGACCAGACCUAUGACUAUAUUUGUCCCAGAAAGAAGAUUUGAUAUGAUCCAGGAUAGGUUAGAAGAUGGCUUCCUGAACAUAAUUUGCUCGGUGGAAGGCGUUUAUCCAAAACCAGAACUUGUGAUAUUGGCUGGGAACAGGCCACUAAACGCCAAAUCAUCUAUCAAGGUUGUCAACGAACGCUACACUGCAUUGACGAGUGCAGUGGUCAGAAUCGACGCUCUCCCUCCCACGGUAGAGAUUCUAUGCGACAUGCAGGUUCCUCUUGCAAACUACUUCAGUAGAAAGAGGGAUAUCUUCUAUAGAGAUCCACCUCCUACAACGGAGUCCAAUUCUGCGCAAACGCAACAAGAACCAGACAGCGGUUAUUCAACGAAAAGCUCAGAAAUAUUAGUUACUAUUUCACUGUUACUCUGUUUUUUACGGCUACAAGAAACGUGAUAUUUGGCAAAAACAUAGACUGAAUUAGGUUUCGUUGUAUAAAGAAUAUUAUGUUUUGUAAUUAAUAUAUUUUUCAUAUUGAAAGAUUUUUACCUUACGAGGACGUUUGUAUAAAAAUAUUUGAUCUAAUAGUAAUUGUUGGAUAAUAAGUUUAAAUAGCAAGAUGUGUAACUAAAAGUUGAAAUUUUCUCCAAAAAAUAUUAUAGAUAAAAAAAGCUUUGAACCGGGUUAGAUAAUGCUUAUAAGAUACUAUAGGUAGUGGAUUUUAUGUCACAACGUCGUAUGUAAAAAUACGCCGCAAUACUAGAAUUUUCUACAACAUACCUUUGACACUGACUGGGCGAUCAGGAUCCAAUUAGACACGUCAACUACCUGCAAGCAAGAAAACUAAAUGUUAACUUGUUUAUUAAGUAUAGAAAAAGACAAUGAUGACAACCUUGAGUUUACGUUAGGUGUGCUCGCUAGCGACUGCGUAAAAAAAUGACACAAAUACAGCGCCCCUACUGGCUACUUUCAAGAACCGAAGUCUUCAUAGAAUUUUUUGACGCACUCGCUAGCGAGUACCUACACCUAACGUAAACUCAUGGUAAGCACACUGAUAUGUAUAAGUAAGAAUUAUUGUACUUAUUUCAAAAGCAUAAUAAUAUUGUAAGUAUUGUAAGUUUGUAUAUUUGUAAAAAAAGUAAUACAAGAGGAUCUAUUAAGUAAUAUAUUAAGAAAUAUCUUUAUUCGUUAAUCUCAUUAAUUUAAGCACCAAAGACAUUACCAACAGAUGUUACGAAUCCAAAAAGAAAUACAUUUUUCAUGUGAAUAUAUAAAUCAAAAGCUAACUUCACCUUUUCAUGUUAAUUAAACUUUAUAAAAUUUAUUCCGCAGUACUCCAAAGAUUAUUUCCUCUAGUCGUAAUUAGAAAAUAAAUAAAAAAUGUU